AUGCAACAGUUAAGUUCUGGUUCAUCGAUACUCACUGUUCGGCUGCGAAAUGAUUCCCCGUUCGAAAUGAUCAACUGGCACUUGGCACUAACAGCUGUGUUUUGCAGUGAUCAUUUGCGAAUUCCAUUGCUUUUCCGAACACAGCUGUUCAAAUGUUUUCACUUAUCCAGCAACAGGGAACCAUGUGCUUUUCGACUUGCUCUUGAACCCCUAUCAGAAGCAGCUUUGCUGCAAUGGAUUACUGGAAUGAGUGUGGAAAAAUCUGACUGUGUGAAUUAUGCGAUUGUGGACGAUGACAGUAUCAGCUAUCCACUUACAAUUCAGAUCAAAAAACGAGGGCUAAGUUAUGAUGUGUUGUUGAAAAUGAAAAAUGAUAAGCUAGCAAAUGCAUUGAUCAACGAACUGAAGCUGAGGAUUUUGGUAUGUUCGAAGUGAAU